UUUGACAAUACAUCAAAGAUUGCUACAUAGUGUUGAGAAGAGAAAUGUCCUGUAUACUGUUGAGAAGCGCACAACAAGCAAAGAAUACCGAAUUGGUUGUGAGUCUUGCUGUUCCUAUCACAGUAUUUGCGUUCAUGGUUAUUGUAUUCUUGUAUGUAUCAUCCACAGUCAGGCUCACUCUAUGUCAUCACAUCAGCAUACUAAGGAAAUACCACAGCGUCGCUUUAAAGCUCUGGAGCAUGAGGCAUCCCUACCAGGUCAGGACGCAAGAUGGUGGGACACAAAUUAAGACUGUGAAGCCUGAACAUGUUAUACUUCAAAAUAUUCCGUCCAAGACAUUAGCGUCACUGGAGCAGUCCGAGGAGUUGGCGAGCAAGCUUCAAGUAAGAGAUGCAGAGAAUUGGUAAGGACAUCGAGGGUCAUUGCUAUAUGGUGAUUUCUGUUAAUAAAAUCUUCUAGCUCCAUUUGCCUUGAACAACUAUACUCAAGUGAUACGGUUUUUGAUCUUCAGUGCUG